AGGCGGGUGUAGUCUUUGUUUACUCAUUCGAAUUUGCGAAAUUUUCAUGAUUUUGCAAUUCAUUGGACUAUCAUGACUUCAUUGUCUCUUCCUCGAGUCUUGCAUCCUAGAAAAACAAGCCUGGAAAUAGAACGAGAAUUGUUUGAGAAAUCACAGAUUUGCAUGGUAGCAUAAUUUUGAACAUUGCAUGUGUUUGAUUGGAUAACUAUAUUAAUGGCUAAAGAAUAUACUUAUCGAGAUAUAGAGAAAUAUCAACAAGCCCUUCAGAAGGCUAUAAAUAGCAAUGAAGUUCCAGUUAAACAGAAACAUGUUCGCUCAGCAAUUAUUGGCACCUUCCACACUCAAGGUGCAAGGACUUUUUGGGCCAUUGUUACUAAGUUACCAGCAAUGGAGGAUCAAAUAGUGGCCUGGAAGCUAUGUCAUGUGGUUCACAAAAUUCUUAGAGAAGGACAUCCUCUGUGUCUCGUCGAUAGCCAGAGGCAUGUGAAAGAUUUAGAUGAAAUUGGAAAAUUAUGGAGUCACUUGAAUGAUGGUUAUGGGAGAAUGAUUAGAUUGUAUGCUAGUCUUUUGAUGACCAAGUUAGAAUUCCACAAGAGAAAUCCCAGAUUUCCAGGUCAUUUAGGUGUAACUCCUGAAGAACUGGAAUCAAUAGCAGGAAACGAUAUCAAUAACUAUUUCGAAAUGUCUGUGGAAAUGUUUGAUUAUCUUGAUAACAUAUUGGAUUUACAAGCAGCAGUGUUUGGUUCUUUGAAUAUGGCUCGUUCUAAUUCUAUGACAAAUACGGGGCAGUGUCGUCUGUCUCCUCUGGUUCCUUGUAUACAGGAUGCUUCUAAAUUGUACGAUUAUUGUGUGAAAAUCCUAUUUCGUUUACAUUAUGCUUUACCUCCUGAUACUUUGACAGGUCAUAGGGAUAGAUUCAUGAAGAUUUUUAGAAUAUUGAAGGAAUUUUAUAAUAAUACCACAAAUUUACAAUAUUUCAAAGACCUCAUCUCUAUACCAUCUCUUCCUAAUUCCCCUCCCAAUUUUCUCAUCCAGUCAGAGUUUCGCACAUAUGUGACUCAGGAAGUUGUGGUUCCUCAAGAACCUGAGGAAGAACCACCAGCAGAAGGAAAUCUUAUUGAUACAACCGAGAGUGAUCAUGCUGAAUCAUCCAGCACAAUUAGCCAGACAGUUUAUGAACAGAUUUUGUCAGAAAAAGAAUUUCUUAAAAACCAGUGUGAAAAAUUAAGUUUAGAAAUAAAUGGACUAGUUAGGCAACACAGAAACGAUUUAAAAAUGUUAGAAAGUAAAAUUAAGACACUAGAAACUGAGUUAGUAACGAAGGACCAUGAGCUCAUUCAGGAGAAAAAAGAUAAGGAGGAUCUAAUGACACAAGCCUUUGCUGCUGUUCAGUCAAAGGGUAGUGAACAGAAAGCAAAAGAUGAGAAGUUCCAAAAACUGAAAGAUUUUUAUUACAAACUCAGAGAUGAGCACAUCCAAAAAUUGAGAGAGAAAGCUGAGAUUGAGAAACGACUCAGAGCAUCGGACAUUAAAUUAGAACAAAUUGAAACAGAGAAAAAAGCUCUUAUAGUUGAAAUCAACGAGUUGUCAGAAAGGGUGAAUAGAGCGGAAGAGCAAAUGCAACAAACGACCAUUUCCCAAAUUGAAGAAUUGGAAGAACUUCGUAAAGAUAAAGAACUAUUCAAUAUGGAAACUGAGAUACUGAAAAAGAGUAUAAAUGACCAUUGCAGAGAAAGAGAUGAUUAUAGAGCAGAAUUAACCCUUGCCUUACAGGAAAAAAAUGAAUUGAAGUUGAAGACUGAGGAACUAACGGAUAAACUGUCAACUACUGAUGUACAAAUUUCUGGCUUGAAAAAAGAAAAAGAUAUCCUUCUUGAAGAUGUACUAUCUAAAUCUGUUAACGGUAGUAUGGAAGUAAUAAGGCAUGCUGUCAUGGAAAUGGAUAAUCCCGCAUUUGUCACACUGACUUGCAGCCCAGAUUAUUUGAUGGGCCUAAAAAAAGACUGCGUUGCAUCUUUGGAGAGUUCUAAAGCUUUGCCUAGAGAUGAUAUUGCCCAAAUCAUCGUUACAUCGAAUGAGAUUUCGAAUAAACUUUCCAUGUUUAUAUUAUAUGGUGGUGCAACUUGUAAUACUAGUCACGAUAUAAGUUUUUCCGAUAAGAUGUCCGAAUAUUGUAAAGGUCUUGGUGAAAUAACUUUAAGUCUACUUGAAUGCCUAAAAAAACGUGAAAACACAAAUGAAAAAGUAUCUGAAGCAUUGUCUAAAUUAGAGGAAAUAAGUUCAUGUGCUGAAAGUAUAAGCAGCUCUUCCACCGCAGAAAAUAAAGAAAAUCUCGCUGAUAUGUUGGAAAAUGAAAUGAUUGAAAUGGAUAGAACUAUAGAAGAAGCAGCUAAAAGAAUACAGGAAAUGUUGGAAAAAUCUAGGGCUGAUGAUUCUGGAAUCAAAUUGGAAGUUAACAGUAGAAUACUAGAUUCUUGCACUACUCUAAUGCAGGCAGUAAGAGUACUUGUACAAAAAUCUAGAUCUCUUCAAGCUGAGAUAGUCCUACAAGGAAAGGGCACCUCUAAAGCUAAAGAAUUUUAUAAAAGGAACCAUCAAUGGACUGAUGGAUUCAUUUCAGCAGCCAAAGCUGUAGCAACAGCUGCUAAAUUCAUACUAACUGCUGCUGAUAAGGUAGUUACAAUGAAUGGCAAAUUUGAACUUCUAAUGGUAGCUGCCCAAGAAACAGCGGCUUCAACUGCUCAGCUGGUUGUUGCAAGUAGGGUGAAAGCGGAUAAAAAAAGUAGUAAUCUUCAACAACUUACAGCUGCUUCCAAAAAUGUCUCCACAGCAGUUGGUACCGUUGUAGCAAUAGCUGAAGGCUGUAGGCAGCUAGUGGAUGAAGCAGAGGAUCUUGAUACUUCGAAUUUGACAUUGCAUCAAGCAAAAAAAUUGGAAAUGGAAGCACAAGUUAAGGUUCUUGAAUUAGAAAAGGAAUUAGAGGAAGAAAGACUACAUCUGGCCUCUUUGAGGAGACGUCAUUAUCAACUUGCCGGAGAAGGUUAAAAUCAAUAAACGAACUAAUCCAGUAUAUCUGGAAAAAAAACUUACAACUAACAAACAUUUUGUAGUUCUUAGAUGGUAUUUCAGGUCUCCCAAAGAUAAUUGUUGAAAAUAUGAACACCUUUUUACUGAAUUUAUUGGUGUUAUAGCUUACCAAGUGUUGUUUAUUAUACAUAAUGCCUUUACCAUAUACAUAUUUUGUAUGUUCUUUUUGUAUUUUAUAUUGUAUUGCUAACUUUGAUUUAUUUAUUCAAUACCACAAUCUUAUUGUUGAAUUUAAUAUAAAAAUAAUUUUUCAUGAAUAAAAUUACUACCAUGGUUUGGACGAAUUUCA